CUCAACCGUGUGCCAUUGAUGUAAAAGUGUCGGAUGACGAAACUCGACGUCUAGAAGUUUCGUUUCUUCACUGAAUAAAUACUGUUCGAAAGCCAUUCCGCAUAAGUGAACUUGAGAAUUGUCUUGUAUCAACUACAGUACAUACAACUGUGAAAUAGCUUACACUCAACUAAAGAAUGGCACCUGAAAGGAAAGUUCCCAUCUUGAGAUCCGAUUGCCACGUCCUUGACCAAGAAUUUAAUUCGAUCCGAGAAAGGUUCGAGGCAGAGAUGAAAAAGAUGGAGGAAGAAAUGAAUAGAUUCAGAUCUCAACUGAUCGACCAAGAGAGAGAAGUUUAUUCUCCAUCAGUUCAGCAGCGAACCACUACAACUACCACUACAAUGUCUAGUACCAACGACGGUGGAACUCAUAAAUCCGAAUUGAAAACUUGGUUGGAUGGAUUGAAUUCUCCUCUCAUACAAGAUUCCGACGAUGGAAAAAUGUUAAAAUUGAGAUUCGAUGUCAGUCAGUACGCUCCCGAAGAGAUUUUGGUGAAGACAGUAGAGAAUCGUUUACAGGUUCAAGCCAAGCACGAGGAGAAAUCAGAAAAUAGGUCCGUCUAUCGCGAAUAUAACAGAGAGUUUUUAUUACCAAAAGGAACAAAUCCAGAAAUGAUUAGAUCAUCCCUCUCAAAAGACGGAGUUCUAACCGUCGAAGCACCUCUUCCCGCUUUGGAAUAUAAAGAAAGAAGAAUUCCCAUCGAUACUGCUUAAAGUGUAACGUUACUUAUCCAACUAUGAGUAUCACUCUCUUAAAUAUAAUACCUAUAAUAAUUAUUAGAUGAGAAAAGUCCAAUGUCUACGCGUUAUUUUCCUUCCAUAAGAAACAAUUUUUUUGUAAAAAUUUUAUUUUGGUGGUGUUUUAAUUAAUUAAUGUAAAAUUAAAUACUCAUUCCACUAGAGGUUUUCGAAGGCUGGACAAGCCACAAAUAUUUGUUAUUUUGGCGCACUGUAUAAAGUUUGUGUAAAAGAUUUUUAGCUCACUCAGUGAGAUAUUUAUUUUAUACUUCUAAUAAAAUUUAAAAUUAAUUCAAAA